CUAACAUCCACGACAGACUCCUCGCCGCCGACUACACCCAACGACCACCCCGCGACACCGCAAUCAUGGCCACCGAGUUGACUGUCCAGAGCGAGCGCGCUUUCCAGAAGCAGCCACACAUCUUCUUGAACUCCAAGAGCCAGAAGAAGUCCACCAGAGUCGGAAAGGGUGGCCGGAGAUGGUACAAGGACGUCGGUCUGGGCUUCAGGACCCCAAAGACUGCCAUUGAGGGCCAGUACAUCGACAAGAAGUGCCCAUUCACUGGUCUCGUCUCCAUCCGCGGUCGUAUCCUCACUGGCACCGUUGUGUCUGCCAAGAUGCACCGCACCAUCAUCAUCCGCCGAGAAUACCUUCACUUCGUUCCUAAGUACUCGCGUUACGAGAAGCGUCACAAGAACCUCGCAGCACAUGUUUCUCCAGCAUUCCGUGUCUCUGAGGGUGAUCAGGUUACUGUUGGGCAAUGCCGCCCAUUGAGCAAGACCGUCCGCUUCAACGUCCUCCGUGUCCUCCCAAGAACUGGCAAACAGGUCAAGCAGUUCACCAAGUUCUAAGCGACGAGACGAUGUACUUCAAGGAAAUGAUCAGGCGAUGAAAAAGGGCGAUAAAUGUGCCUUUGACGAGCAGCUGCAUCAACGGAUGGCGUUAGGGCAGAGCGGCUCGGGUCUGGCGCUGACCAGGCGAUCGAUCAACUUGUUCAGGGCAAUACCAUCGUAGCUCGGCGUAGCAAAAUGCCAAAAUGAGAACAGUCUUCAUGCAUAGAUUCCCCUUGCCUCGGCGCGUUGCAUGCUUAUAGUAGAUCGGACAGUGCGAUAGGUGCGACUGUGUGGGUUUGCAAUGUACAACUACCUAACCUUACGCUGCGACAUGGCAGAGCCGCAUUUCGCAUCAUUAUAUGUUGCUUGAGCGUACGGGGUGACAUGUCAUGGAUGCGACACAAGCGCACCAGUCCGCACUCAUACAAGACCGAAUGCAUUCACAUGGCUCGCAUGCCUCGAUUCAACUUCUGCAUUUAUUAGCAGCCGCAUGCAGGUAUGCUCUCGGCAUUGCGCUUUCAUGGCUGAGAUGAGCUCCACGUCGUUGUCUGGGUCGCUGGUCCUCGUAUUUUUGGGCCGUGCCGCCCACUAUUACUUGCUCUCACGUGUGUGUCCAUGGUUUCCUUCAGCGACACUUCACCUCUUGCGCUCAAAGUACCCGCUCGAACUCAUGAUGGCAACACUCUGAUCCAUAAUUGUUUCGCCCACCCACAGAUAGUUCUCUAUCCACUUCUUGACGCCCGGAGACUCUGAAAACGUGUCUGGUUUCAGGCUAGGAGUGAGGCCCGUAGAGCGCUUGACACCGGCCAGGAAGGCAGACACAAGAACUGCGUCGAAUGUGUAGUGGGCGAGGCGGCCGAGGACCAUGGUAUCGUCUCUGGGAAGAGUGACAACGCUCGACGCCUGUGGGCUGGUAUCUUGCAGGAAACAGUGACUUGUUGAAGGCUGUGGGCUAGUCAAUACUGUAUGUAGUAGUACCUUGGUCCAAGAACAUGCAGUCGGUAGCUGUGGGGAGGUAGUGGUGGUUGUUGGGUGACUGGCACUCUGGCAAGAGAGUGGAGACCCUCCCCUCGGAUUCGGACGCUUCCUCCCGUCCUAGCAGGCACCCGCACACACCUCUUUUCUUCUUUCCCACCCAAGCUUUCCUUAUAUAUUGC